AUGGUGAUCGCAAGAAGACAUUUCCAAGUGUCGAGGGGAACUGAACGCACAACAGUUGUGAACUCGAGACCCCCCUCGAGCCAAACUCGAGAUGGUGCUCAGAAUGCCAGUCUCGGCCCACCUGCACGUUGGGCCACUUUUGCCAAAUCAGACAGCUCAGGUGGCCCAAUAAAUGCAGAAAGCCGGCUUCAGGUGAGCCUGCACUCACCGCCUCCAGACAAUCGGCUGGAAGCAGAACUAUCCAGUCUUCUGGGUCUGAUCAUCUUCACCGGAGGAGACAAUAAAAUUGGUGCAAGUGUUGCAAGGAAAAAGGUUGUCAAAACAUCUCUUGAAUGA